AUGCACUUCGUGACCAUUGCUGCCUCUGCCGUCGCCCUUGCGGGCGCUGCUUCUGCGGCUGCCGUGCCUACUCACCGAUACGCCCAGCUCCGCCUUUGGGGCGGACAGGAGUGUGCAACACUCAACCUUGGCGAAGAGGGCAUUUAUGGUGACCAGCUCGCCAUGUGCAACCCCCUGGAUGUAUAUGAUACUGUUCGAUCCGUGAGGUUGGAGGCUGCUGAUGCUGGGUGUACCUUGUACAUCUACAGCGACCUGCAGUGCCACCUUGGCAAGCAUGAAGUUCCCGUUACGGCUUGUUUGAGCGGAGACAAGGAGUACCGCAGCUAUGAGCUGUUCUGUGACGUUUAA